CAUGCUACAUUUGUACUAGUACAUAAAGUAGCAAACACAUUGGUCCUAACUACCAUGAAAACCAUGCACGUAACGAAAUCAUGCAACAUAGCAUGCCAUAUCCAGCACUAAUCUAGCUAGCAUGACCAUGAACCCUAAGCAUGAACAUCAAACACAGAACAAGCAUCAUGAACAUCAAAGACAACACCAAUAUAGUUGCAUGCCCAUAAACCCUAAGCAUGAACAUCAAACACCCACCAAUCUAGAUAACAUGCACAUGAACACUAAGCACGAACAACAAAGACAACCCCAAUAUGGCUAGCAUCAUGAACAUGAAACACACACCAAUCUAGAUAACAUGCACAUGAGCACUAAGCAUGAACAUCAAACACAACACCUAUCUAGGCCCUGUUUGUUUGGGCUUUUGCUUCUGCUUUCGUAUCUUUUCCACUGUGACAGAAAAGCCAUAGAAGCUCCUAAAUAAGUGCACCCGGAGCGGCUGGCACUGCAUUGGCCUGAUGAGGCCGCCCGAUACAGAGAGGAGGCGGUGCGCGCAGAGCCCGCAUGAGAUCAACCCCGGAGUUCGCCAAGCCGGCAACCCACCGCUCGUGGAUGAGGUUGUUGCCUGCGCUGAUGGGGGUCAGCGGACGACGCGGCGGCGGGCGACUCAUCGGAGGAGAGGAGAGCAACGAGCGAUGAGAGGAGAGUGAGGAAGCGUGGUGUGAAAGGAAGUGGGGCGGUGACACGAGGGAGAGGGGGAGUUAUGAGCUGUCCCGUCCGUCUCCGGUGCUCCCCAAGGCGUGCAGCGAAGAACCAAGCGAAGAACCACGCGUGGUCGCGCUCAGCCUAGCUGUGGAGAAACUGUCGAUUCGGCAGUAGCUCACGGGCCUGACCCGGGACUGCUUUAAGUUUCCGGGUUGAGACGCCUGGUUGGCCCAAUGCGAGCAACCAAACCCGUAUGAUGUCUUUUCUCAAAAAAAAAAAAAACGCGUAUGUCUAAAAAAAAACGGCGUAUGCUAGUCGGAUUCAGAAAGAAGCCGAACCGAGCCAGAUUCAGAAUCGAACAAGCACGCCCGCACGCACGCACGGGGGCGUCCCUCCCUCCCCGCCUUAACCCCAACGGAGCCGGAUUCAAAAUUCGACCCGGAUCUGUUGCCAGCGGACGUGGCCAUAAUAAAGCACGCCCCUAACCGCAGGUCCGGCCGUGCGCGGACGCAGAUCGUUGUUCUCCGGCAACUCCUCGUCGAGUUCCAUCCCUCCCACCAAGGUCGCCGAGUUCCGAUGGCGGGGGCCGCCCGCAAGCACGACAAGGGGAAGAUGCCGAAGGCCGCCGCCGUCGGCGACGACUGGCUGAACCGGCACGGGUUCCCGCACGGCUACCACUUCGUCCCGGACGACGCCGAGCUCCUCCGCCUCCUCGAGGACAUGAUCGCCGGCCGCGCUCUCCCCCACCCUCUCCCCAGCAUCUUCCACGGCGUCAGGAUCCGCAACUACCACCCCGCCGAGCUCCACGAGCUGUACAAGGCGCACAAGGAGGCCGGGUCCAUCUACUUCUACAACCAGAGGGAGUUCUCGGGGAGCGCCAGGGUGCGCCCGGGGCGCACCGCCAAGGACGGCUGGUGGAAGGCCUCGGGCGGCGGCCUGCCCUUGGUGCGCCGCGGCCUGGUCGUCGGCUAUAAGCUCACCUUGGUGUUUUACGAGAAGAGGCCCGGCGACAAGCCUGACCAGAAGACCGACUGGAUCAUCAAAGAGUACACCAUUGCCGGACCCAACAGGAAGGCGUCGGAGAUGGCCCUGUAUCGCCUCUACAACAAGUCGGAAAACAGAUCCAAGGAGAAGAAGAAAAAAGCUAAAGAAGAGAAAGCAACUCAAGAAGAAGAAAACACCUUUGCUUCUACCUGGGCGAAGGAGGAGGAAGAGGAGGAGGAGGAGGCGCCACCAUCACCGCCGUAUCUGCUCGCCGGAGGGACGACCUCGCAGGCGGAGGCCGGUCAGCCACGUGACUAUCAUCACUACUACGACUUGGGUGCCGCGCCGGGGCCAAGCACAAGCUGCUGGGUGCCGCCGGACGCUGGCUACACGGGGCUGACAGACACAGUCUGGACGCCGGACGCCGCAGGGACCUCGCAGGCACAGACCGGCCAACCACAUGACUAUCAGCAGUACACGUUCGGUGCCGCGGCGUCGGCACCUGGCUGGGAUGCGCCGGGGCCAAGCAGCAGCAGCAGCAGCUGGGUGACGCCGGCCGACACAAAAUUCUACUUGCAGCUGCAGCACGCCGGAGGGCCUGCGUACAUCUGGGACGACCAUAAGCUGACGCCUCUGGUGCCGUCAGGACCAGCACCCCCUGCGCAUGACCUGCCGGCGUCGCAGCAGCACUCUGACCACCAAGAAGAAACCGCAGGCCCGUCGAAGACGCAGACCCCGCCACCACCGCCGGCGCCGGCUGCUCAGGGCGGCUACCUGGAUGAUGAGUUCGACGUUUGGUGCAAGGCGCAGCAGGUGGCCGCGAGUCCCGCCUUCCACAUGCCCGGCGGCAUAGAUUCGCAGCAGGUGGCCGCGAGUCCCGCCUUCGACAUGCCCGACGGCAUAGAUACGCAGCAGGUGGCCGCGAGUCCCGCCUUCGACAUGCCCGACGGCAUAGAUCCGCAGCAGGUGCCCGUGAGUCCCCUCCCCAUGCUCGAAGACAUCGAUUUCGCCGCCUUCCUCAAGGAUAUACCGAUGAUGCCUACCGACGAAAACAACGAGCGCCUUUCGUGCACAUUAGAUGAGCUCCUCUUCCCCAGGAUGGAGGGCGACGCGCCGCCACCGAGCCCGCCAACUUCGAUGGGCAACAACAACCAGGUUUAGAGUUAGCAGAAACCAGCAAAGCAGCAACUUCGAUGGCAGCUAGUUGACUUGCAGUGUUUGUUCACAUUUCAUGGUGUUUCAUCACAUUUGGCAGUUUCAUUUGUAUUCAAAUCACCAUACUGUUGUACGUUUUCUUUGUACUGUUCUACGUGAGAAGCAAUUUAUUCUCGGA